AUGUGCAAGCCAGAGAGUGAAUGCAGCUAUUGCACGGAUUUCACGUGUGUCCGUCGCUGUGACAUGUAUCAACGACAAUUUCCGAACUGUCGCUGCAAGGAGUGGCCAUCCAACCGUUAUCACUACGACGGACCGUUUAGACCAUACCCUUCUAGUGCGUCGAGCAGUAGCAUGAUACAUUCGAAGGAUGAAGUAGGAGGUAAGGGUACAACGGAUAAGCCUUCAACAUCGUCCUCACCUGGGCAUAACACCAAUACGAUUGAACAACAUGAUGAUCAGGGUGGAUCAACAAAGCCUUCAUCUUCCUCAUCUUUGGAGCACGUGUCGAGUAUGAGUUGUGCGCUUUGCGGAAGUGUGUGUGACGAAGACAAAAGAGGAGAUGACAUGCUUUUGGAUUUUGCCAGUUUUGCAGCUAGUGCAGGAGGUAAUUUUUCAACGAUACAGCUGUCAAAUGCCAACAUAACCCGCACUUCAAUCGCAAACCGAACAUGCUUUUGUGAAAACACAGAAAGAAACAAAGGCUCGAGGUUGGAGCCUCCUGAGCUAUGACUUUUUUGACUUAAACCUGUUCAAACCCAAAAUAAAACUAUGCUCAAGAAUUAGUUAUAAUUGCAGUGAUCAUUUACAUUUGCUUGACUAAACCUGAAGAUGAGGCACACCGCACCUCAUCGAACAGACAAAAAGCUCUAUACAGGAUGCACUUCUUCUGUAUGUUCUCUUUUGCAGAAAGC